AUGCCUAUGGAAGGCACCUUGAACUUCCGUGACCUUGGAGGCUACGUGACCAACGGCAACAAACAUGUGGUUCCUCGGCGUAUCUUCCGCAGCGCCAAUCUGUCUCAAAUCACUGCUUCCGACAUCGAAACACUUCAAUCCCUCGGUAUCAAUACCGUAAUUGAUUUCCGUGGCCCAAAGGAAUCCCAAGAUAACCCCGAUCGGUUACCCCCAGGAACAGACUACUACAAUAGCCCGGUCAUUGGGACCUCUGCCGGCGACAAUAUCGAUGAUUACACGAUCUCCCAGCUUGUUAAAGCCGCGAGUCUCCCAGAUUCGAUGCUGGAGAAGGACAAAGUUCUAAAACAUGGACCAUACUACCGCAUGCUCUACCUGGUGAACAGCUAUGGCUCAGAAGCGCACGUCAACAUGUUGAGAGCGUACCGGCCGUUAUUUCAGAAACUGUUGACAUUUCCCCAAGAAUCAAACCUCUUAUUUCACUGCACCGGUGGAAGGGACCGAACGGGAGUGGGUGCAGCACUUUUACUCAAGACACUAGGGGUUGCGGAUGAUGCCAUCGAGGCCGACUUUGUUGCUUCUAACACCUGGCUGCAGCCAGACCGAGACGAACCAGAUUCGACAAGGUUUCUCUGCUUUCAUUCUGCGAAUGUAUUCCUACAGCCAUCGGCGAAUAAGAGAUUCCAACGAGUGGCCCAGUCUUUGUGUACAACACCGGACCGGAUUCGAGGAGCCGUAGAGCUGCGACCUGAGCUGUUACGCCGAAUGUUCCAAGCAGUCGACACAAAAUAUGGUUCGUUUGACGCCUUUCUCAACCAAGAACUGGGGAUUGAUGCAGACAAGCGAGCUCAUCUCCAACGCCUAUAUACUCUCUAA